GGCGGUGUUGUCGGUCGUUGAGGCGUGCGCCGGGGUUUCGGGCGGCAGGGGAGAGGCGGACACCUUCGAGGCGGUGUGUCUGCUCGUCCACAACCAGGACCUCAAGGAAAUCCUGCCCGUGCAAGGCGUCGCGGCUUGUUUGUCCGCCUUGAUCCUCGGCGGUCGGCGACAGUCCACGGACAAAGACGACACCAGCAGUGCCAGCGCCAGCGCCAGCGGCACCGACAAGCACGCUCGGAUGUUCGCCGGGGCGGCCUUAGACCUCCUCAUGGUCCUUCACGCUAGGCUACCGUCCUCCUUCAAAACCACCACCUCCUCCACCGGCGGCGGCAGCAGCAGCAGCAGCAGCAGCAGAAGCAGCAGCAGCAGCCCGCGUGCGGCCGCGGCUAACAGUCCCGUCGCGCUAUCGAAACCAACGGCGACGUCGGCGGCAUUUGAAGCCGUGCAAGAAGAACGUUCUACUGCUGCGGCCUCCUGCGGACGGAGUUCCUCGGCGGGGGGGGCGGCAACGGCGAGAGCUGAUCGUGGUGCGCGUUGCGACGGUGGCUGCCGUCGGCCGCAAGGCGCCGCGCCAGGCUUGGUCGCCACGGACGCUUGGAUGAUGAUACUGAGGGCGCUUUCCCUGGGCGCGGGCAGCGAGGACUUAAUGGUUGCGUCACACGCGCUGCAGCUCCUUACGAAGGUGAUGCUGGACGAUCUUGCCGCGGAAGCGCCCCCCGAUGUCUUGCAAGACGCCAUGCUUUCCGUCGUCCUCCCCCUGGCGAGGCACGCCUGGCGCCGCGUAGCUCGGGACACGGCCGCGCGCGGGGGCACAUCGCCCCGGCGAAAACAACAACAGCAACAACAACAACAGCAACAACAACAACAACAACAACAACAAAAACCGCUUCCGCAGCCCCCCCCGCUCGACCACCACAACCGGCACCUGCCGCCGCCGCCGUCUCAAGGGAGAAGAGAAAGUGCCGUCCAGCGGCAUCCCGGUAGUGCUGUUGGCGGAACGGCUGCGGGGGCAGAGGCUGCCCAAGAAGAUGACGGUUUCGAGAUGGUGGAGGCUCCCGACGAGGGCGGACACGCGACGCCGCCUGCCCACGGUGGCGGUGCAGCGGACGCGUCAUGGGCACCGCCGGAGCUCUACCGCGAGUCUACCGGGGGGCGGGGAGGCGGCGACGGGGGCGGAGAGAGUUCUGCUUGCGGUAGCGACGACGAAGAUGACGACGGCGACGACGACGUCGGGUCGCGGCAGGUCUCGAGCCUGGCACUAUUGGCGCUGCUGCUGAUGCUCAAGUCUUUCCUGAAGCACCUGUCCGCGCUGCGGCGAGGGGACCAGUUCUGCGAGGUCUGGUGCCAGUUCCUCUGCUGUCUGGAGAUCUUGCUGGGCACGGAAGGAAACGCUCCGCCGACGCUGGUGGAUGGUGCGGUGACCGGUCUCGGGGCAGUAGUAGGGGAGAUGAUCGGAGAGGGCCUCUUCGCUUUCGCCGUCGCAGCCGCCGCCACCGCCGAUGCCGCUUCUCCUGCUGGGCAGCGGACCGGAGACGGCGGCGCAGGCCAGCGACACAGCGGCGGCGAGGUCGAGGAGGCUGUCUGGGCCUUCACCCGUGCGAAAGUUCCGCAGUUCGGUUGCUGCCCGGACCUCCUGCGGCGGGUCUUUGAGGAGGGACGGAGCGGGGAAGGAAUCAGACCACUCGCGGACGGCACACUAUCAUAAUAGCUCGGCCCUUCUGUAGGCCCGAGACCCCCCCCCACCCCGUAUUCCCUCCCAGCGUACUUCGAGAGUUCUCCAAGGCAGCGUAUACCACAUGGCUUCUGAGGGGAUUUUGUGCCGGUUGCUCUCAAUUUUGCAGCGGCACGUGUCCCGCAGCAGGAUGGCGUCUCCCAUUGGACCGACGUACUCAGUUCUAUGUAGACAUGUCUGUACGGGCAAGAGCAUCACAGGAAGACGAAAGUGAAGAGGGAGGGGGUAGCAAGGGGUGACUCAAGUACCACGACGGGUUGUACGACCGGUGUGGAAACGGGGAGUACCGUUUAACCGUACGUGAUGACGGUGGACCUGAAGGUGAUGGCGUCGAAGCCCACGCACACAACGCACGCAGACAGCAGGGGUGGCACAAAGAACGGGCGAUUCAACAAGGGGCUUGAGGCUACUGCAGGGGUACCAAAGUGUGUGAUAUUCCCAGGGCAGGGGGGCGGGGGGCGGGGAGGGGGGGCUACUCUUGCACAAACGAUUGUUUAGAAUCACUGGACGGCGCUAUCCUUGCUUCCUUUGAUUUCAGGCCCUCGUUAGUGUGGGCGUUUUGUGGCGGUCGUUGUGAGAAGUAGCAGGCGUUGUCGACGGCGUCUGGCGAUAAGUGGUAGGUAGUUGGUUAGGUGGGCUGCUGUACUGCUGUUGUUGGUGUCGGUGGCGGGGAUUUUUUUGGUCGUGUCUAUAUACCGUCAUUAUUGUCUGUGUUAAAUAAUAUUUAAGUUUUCUGUUGUUGUGCGGUGUUUUGUGAAUCGUGGAGGUUUCUUGUGACUUCGCCCUAUGCGUCUCGGAUUGUGUGCAUGUUUUUUUUUUUUCUCACUCCCGGCCGAUGUGAUGCGAUCGAAAACGAUGCGGCCUGUGUGGUGAGAGAUACACCUUUGUGCUGCAGGGACUGGGGGUCUUGGGUGAAGCAUGAAAUGUGGGGGGUUGGGGUCCACGGAGCGUUGCGCCCUUAUCUUUGGCCGAGGCUCCUUGUCGGGUACUACCGAGUGUGGGCAUAAGGUAAACAGGCAUGUGCGUUGUUUUCUCGUGAGUCAAUGUUCGACAAGCAGUUGCAAUGACACCCCAAGGAAGCCUUCAACCUUGCCAUGUAAAUUCGACCUGUUAAUCUUGUGCAGGAAGUCCUUCUUGUCAGCGGCGUCGAAGCAAAGGCGCGGCGGUUCUGGUCCUUGUAAACAAGAGGUUGUUUUUGCUGACAUGGACAGACCCACACGGGUGCUCAUCCUUUUUGGUUUGGGGUCACGGGUCGACGUUUGUGUUUCGUCUGUGUGUACUCGGAUCGUGCUUGUUUGAGGCCAGGGGCCUUUUUUGUCCGUUUGGCGGAUAGGUGUUGCGAGGAGACCACGAUGGGAAGCUUUCGGCAGGGAUUGACGAGGUUGGUGGCAAGACCAAGGCUUGUAUACCGAACUAAAUAUGUGCCUGGUGUCGGACACUGCUUGCUAUGCGACCAUCCGCUUCCCCCGUCGUUUUCUUGAAGUGCUGUUGUCCGCCUCAUCACGAGACGGCGAGGUCGUUUGCAGCAUUCACAUCUCUCUUGCUUCUGGGUAUCUUUUCUUGUUCCAAAUGCGUUCAUUCGUGUGGUUGGCACGUUUUCUUUCAAUUGAAAGUUCUCUGCGCUGUGCAUCGGCAAGGGAAGUGGUGGUCAACGUCAACAAUGGCAUGUACUACUUGUACAGCAGCAGUGUUUCCGCAGCUACUGUCCUCGAGCGAGAGCUUCUUUGACAUCCACGAACAGGAAGGGGCGACGUCAAGAUCCGCAGGUUGGCCUGGUACAAUUUGAGGUCCAACCUGCCCCUGCCACGUUGCAGUCAAAAGUACAGUGUACGCCUGGAGAUACGAACCGAUAAAAUCGGGUCGAGACUCAGCUUCUUAUUUCGUCGCCACUCCUUGUCGAGCACAUGGUUGUUAGCAAGGGCAGGAAGGGUACAAUAAAAGGGUUCACCGCUGAGGUGUGCAUCUCAACCCGUUUUUCUGAUAUUUCGUGGAACUGUGGGCCUCUUGUUUCUUCACAAAAAAAAUGUUUCCUGCGGGCCCGUAGUGUAUGGCUGUAGGAGGUCACUAUUAUUAGGGAAAGGGUGUGUGAUGGAAGGGAAAUCCUACAUUUGGCAAGGAAUCUUGUGCCUGCCUUGUGGUAUGAUGUUUGGACCUUCGAUGGUUUGGCGCCUUGUUCGCCACUCUUGUAGACGGGCAAGAAACCUUAUGGUAGGGUGGGCUGUGACGGUAUCGCAUGUGUUACGCGAGCGAAGUAGCCGGAGGAGAUGCUGUUAUUAUUUGCUGCGUAUUCAGACUAUUAGUCUAAUCUUUAACCUUCUGGCGGCUGGCCCCGGUUAUUUUUAUGUUUUCUACAACUGACUGACGGUGGACGACAUGUGAUGAAGAUCACUUGUUGAAAUAGUGACGACAUGUACGGGGCGAAAUACAUGGUCGAAUGAAUAUUUUUGUACCGCCCGAUGCCGGGACCGUCUCGUCUGUUGCUUUGAAGGUGCACAGUACAGUACUGCGAGAAAUACCGCAAAGCAUGUAUGAUUGUUUGUGCAGUAUAGUCUAAUCGUUCCGUCGUCAUCCUAGUCUAGACUACCCAUGCAAAAAUGAAUGUACAUAGAGCAGUCAAACCACCCCGUGCAGUCUUCAGCAAACAGUAGAGAACGCCCGUGAUCAUCCUGUACUGUUGCGGGUGAGGGAGGAAAAUGAAUUUUGGAUGAGAGAUGCCGUACAUCACACAGCUGGAAAAACUGUAGUUCAUGGUACUACUGCUGUAGUACCGUGCAUCUUCGACGCACAUCCAUGCUCAUUCGCAUUUUUUUUCUGCCCCCACCAGACCCAUCACCUCAGCCUAAAUACCACGUCUCGAGAGAGAGGGCGUGAUAGAAGCUGCAAGAGACAUCAUGCACAAAAAUUACAUUGCGACAGAGGAUAACAAGUGAUCGAAGAGUGCGACGUAUCGAGACGUGGCAAGGGGGUCCGUUCAUUCUUUUCGAUUCUACGACCCCCCUUCCCAAGAACAAGCAAACUUCAAUGAUGCUUCCUGUCCUGCUGUAGUGCUCCUGUGUCUCUCUUGCGUGGCGUGCUUGCCUCGGGCCUCGGGGUGGUCGAGUACAUUCUUGAACAUGAGCUCAGGGGUGCGGCCGGUCCAGUUGAAUGUGUACGACCUUCACCAGUCGAACUCGUGGCUACAGCACAUUGGGCUGGGGGCAUACCACAGCGGGCUGGAGAUCGGCGGGGUCGAAUAUACGUUCAGCGAGGCCGGGGUCGGGCAACACCCACCUCGCCAGAUCGCAGGGGACGGCGUCUCGUUCAAGACGACCGAGGCAGGUGCUGGGGGACUUCAUCGGGACCAUUCCAGACGUGCGGCGCAUCCUCAACGGCCUCAAGGCGGAGGGAUUCGCGGAGGGAGAGUACGACGUCGUUCGCAAUAACUGCAACCACUUCUGCAACGAAUUCGCCUUCGCCCUUGUCGGGAAAAGGAUCCCGCCUUGGGUCAACCGCGCGGCCACCAUCGGGACUUGGGCGGGUCUAGGAGAGAAGUCUAAGAAAGAAGGUUCCAAUGAUAAAAAGGAAGGCGCGGGGACAGCGGCGUCCUCAGCCUCUGCAAGUGCUCCGCCAUCGAGGGAUCGGAAAGAGCUGACGCAGAAGCAACGAGAUCUCUUGUCCAAGAUGCGGACGAACAAGAGCUCAGGGGGUGGGGGACGAGGAGGUGCAGGAGGCGCAAAAUGAUGUGCUUGUGAAACAAUUUCAUUUUUUUUUCCGGUGUGCGGUGGGUUUUUGUUGUGUCUUUGCCCACAUCGGGAUUGUGCGCUUGUCGUUUGGGAAGUGUUUGUGUCAUAACGAGUCGUGUUCCGUUGAAGCAUUAGGUUGCGCACGAGAGACCGUCGUUAUUGACCAAGCAAGGGGCCGUGUACCUGAAGCUGGCGGCGGUGAAGCUGCACAAGAGCCGCGGCUUGGCUUGUAUGUAUCAACCCCCACGAAAGGGUGGUGUGGGGUUUAGAAUUUUGGAUUGGCCGAAAAGGCACCACCAGCGGCAGGGGUCCUCUCGCGGUUGUUUAGUUUUCACGGACGAAGUGUGAUUACGUUGCCGUCGUGUUUUCUGGCAUGCCCUUGGAUUCCCCCUAAGCGCACGUGCUUUGCAACCGAGCAAGAUGAGACGGCGCCGACUCGUGGCUUGUAGAUACUUGUAUAUGGCCUGAGAUAGCCCCACGACCAAGUGUUAGGAUUCGAUUGACUUGCUUGGGGUCUUUUAGUCUAUACUGGUUUCCGAAUUUUGCAAGCAUCGAUGUGGAUCGUGGACGUGUUCGGGAAUGAAGCUGCUUCGGACGAGCGAUGUGGGUUUAUUACAAAUAGCAUCACGCUUCUUCUUUCGCUCAUUUAACAGAUACGCAAAGCGUUGAUGCAAGUGGAGAGGACGGAUAUGGUUGAAACGAAUGGGUUGUGCGCGUGUUUGGUUGAAGUACGACAGCUAAACCUGGCUGGUGUUCAAGCGGUAACUACGCGGUUCGGACGUUUGGGUUGUACGUUUAAAUCUGGCCUCAAGAGUGAAACUUUCGGCGUUUUUCUCAUCAAAUGUCGUGACAAUUGAUUGUGGGCAGCCCCGAGGGGGCAUUUUCAUGCCGCCUGACCGUGGCGUACGAGAGGCGCAAACGUGCGUUUGCACCGAAAC